AUGGAUCAGCUUGCCGAUCUCGGGGCUCGCUUCGUCGGGCCCUUGCUCGCAUGGGUUGACGCGGCGCCGUGGCAUGUCUUUGUCGUCUUGUUCAUGGCCCUCGUCCCGCUCGGACUGCUCUCCCUCUACCUGCUCCUCCGCGUCAUCGCCCCCAAGCCGCGGCCUGCCUUUCCGUCGGAGAAGACGUACGUCACGUCCAGUCCGUCCGGGACGCCGACGGCCCCGAGGCAGCUUCCGUGCUGGUACGACCGCUGGCUGGCCGAACGCCGUCUCGACGAGCCGCAGGACCCGCGAGACCAAGUCCACCGCGGAUACCCUGCCAGCACGGACAUCAGCUCCAUCGAGCCUGCCGAGGUCCGCCUCAGCGUCGUUUUCCCGGCCUACGACGAGGAGGAUCGGAUCCUGCCCACGCUCGAGGAGGCUGUCGCCUACCUCGACGAGCACGUCGGCCGGUCCAAGAGCCUCCCGGCCUCGGGCAGCCCUGCGAUACGACGUCACACGCGCAACUACUCGAACGGUUCCGAACCGAACCUCGACCUCGGCGGAUACGAGAUCCUCAUCAUCAACGACGGUAGCCGCGACAGAACUGUCGAUGUCGCCCUCGAUUUUGCCAACAAGCACGAGCUCCACGACAUCCUGCGCGUCGUGACCCUCGCCCAGAACAGGGGCAAGGGUGGCGGCGUGACGCAUGGGCUGCGUCACGUCAGGGGCGAGUACGUCCUCUUCGCCGACGCCGACGGAGCCUCGCGCUUCAGCGACGUCGCCAAGCUGAUCGAGGGCUGCGAGGAGGUCGUCGACGGCUCGCACCGAGGCGUCGCCAUCGGCAGCCGCGCCCACCUCGUCGGCAGCGAGGCCGUCGUCAAGCGAUCGGCGCUGCGAAACUUCCUCAUGCGCUCCUUUCACCUAGUCCUCACCAUCCUCACUCCGCCGGCCACGUCGCGCAUCCGCGACACCCAGUGCGGCUUCAAGCUCUUUUCGCGUUCCGCUCUCCCCCACAUAGUCCCGUACAUGCACACCGAAGGUUGGAUCUUCGACAUCGAGAUGCUCAUGCUCGCCGAAUCGGCCCCGGCCACGCCAGUCCUGAGCAGCGACGGCACCGUCAUCGGUGAGAGCCCCGGCAUCAAAGUUGCCGAGGUUCCCAUCCAGUGGCACGAGGUCGGCGGCAGCAAGCUCAACGUCAUUCAGGACAGCCUUAAGAUGGCCCUCGGCCUCGCCGUCCUGCGUGCGAGCUGGAUGUUGGGCGUCUACCGUCGCCGCUUGACCUGA